AUGGGUUCCAGAUUAACUGUUUUCCGGGUUCGCGGUAUACCCGAGGAAGUGACACUCGACGCCUUGAAAAGGACUCUUUCCAGGGUGGAUGGAAACGAGGAAUUGAAAAUAAAAGCAACAAUUGCUCCCUCAUGUUAUGACAGGACACAAACUGCUCUUGUGCAAUUCGACCCCCUCCCAAGCUACCUGAAGGAUUCUAGCAAUGUGGAUUGGGAUAGCUAUGACAUGGAGGUAGAGACAGAUGCGGGGGAGCUAUUCGAUAUAACCAUAGAUAAGAACUUCUUCGGACUUACCCAGCUCUAUCUCACAAAGACCGACGAUAUCACGGCAGAUGUUGUGGCUGUAACAAGACUUGACGGUCAUGCGUUUGAAUCAUGGAGGGGGGAAGGCAACCUGGGUAGAAUGUGGCUUCGUGACUUUCUUUCCGUCGACCUUCCAAACUGUAGAACCAUGACAUAUGGUUAUGACUCGAGGCUCCACAGUGCUGGAGUCCACCAAAUCAGGGAUUAUAGCCGUGGUUUCUUGGAGGAACUAAAGAAGGCCAGAAUGUCAGAAGAAGAAAGAAAAAGACCAAUUAUUUUUAUAGGGCACGAUUUCGGUGGUAUCAUCGUUGCGCAGUCUCUGGUUAGAAGUAAGGAGUGUAACCCGCAUGAUGACCCUGGCGUUUAUUCUAUACAUCAGGCAACCCGCGGCGUAAUCUUUUAUGGAACCUCACAUCGUGGAUUACUAGUAGACGAUAUCCUUAGUAUGCUUCAUCCCGAAGAGCAUCCUGACAGAGCCAAGCUUAUCAACUCGAUCAAUAAAAACUCCGAUUUACUCCAUUCGGAGCUAGAGAGAUUUGUUGAUUUUGCAAUGCAACUACGUAUCAUCAGCUUCUACGAGCGAUUCCAGACUCUAAGAUCAGGCCUGGGAGAAAACGGCUUUGCAAGGAUUGGAGAAUACAUGACUACAGUCGAUACCGAUUCCGCACUACUUCAUCUUGGUGCAGCAAUCGAGAAGAAAAUACCAGUUGAUGCAGAUCAUACCGAGAUGGUCAAGUUUAAGAAUAGGCAGAACCAAGCUUAUUCAAGUACUUUACUUUACCUCCAGGAGUUUGAAAGAGACUUAAAAAUACCAACUUCGACGUCAUCUGAAGCUGGAAAGGAUUCUCCUCCAUCGCUAGGGAUGCACUUUGCGGAUAGCCUUGAGGACCCAGAAAGAUGUGGCGGGCGCUCUUCAAGUACUCACAGUAAUAGUCGGGGACAAUCCCAAGAAACUCGAGUUAAAAUUUGGACUAGUGAUCGUGGCAGAUUGAUAUUAUCAAAUGGGAAAGCAACGGAAUUUUAUGAACUAAUUGCACAACCCUACCACAAAGAUCAAACCAUCUCCUUGAGUACGCAGCGUCUUGUCUGCAACAUUUCACCAUAUAAUCCACAUUUAGAGUAUCCAGUCAAGCUUCUAGAUCAAUUGCAAUAUGGUAGCCAGCAAAUCAAACUUGGGUUAUUAGAUACGGAGACUAUCAUAGCCCUAAGUCCACAGUUAUACACUCCGGAUAAGUCACACCCUUUCAGAGGGAUAUGGAUAGGCCUAUAUCCGAAGGACCAUGCACGCGGAACUGGGGGUCAUGUUUAUGAAUACUUUCUUUUUCACCAGCCCGCCGAAAACAUUCUAAUAAUCAUCAAGAUCACCGGCAACGCUAAUAUUAGAGGAGAAUCCUGUGUGUUUUCUACUCUCCCGAGCGCUCCCCUCGCCUCUGAUGGUAUUGUCAAUGCAAAAAUGCAGUCCUGCAACGCCUCACUACAUUUUUUGAGUACUCGGAAAGUAGUGUUGCUUGGUGAGUACGAUUCAGAAUUCUCAAGGGUAAUUGUUGAGCACUUUUUGCCGGGAUAA